AUGUGGUUUGCGAACGUGGCUGCUUUGACGGCCUUGGUCGGCUCGGCGGCGACGGCGGCCACCCCCUUGACUUCGGCCAACUGCAAGGCGACUACCUUUCAGAAGUACAUUGAUGCCAAUGGUACACGCGCCAAAGUGCAAUGGGCUACGUACAUUCCUGCCAAUGGAACGUUCAAUCCGAUGAACUACACAUCUUCCUCUGAGUAUCCCACCAACCUACCUGAGGGAUGUGGCGUACAGAUCAACGUUCCUUCUGAGGGCAACUCCAGCUACCUCGUCGGCUUGAUCUUGCCCUAUGACUGGAAUGGUCGUCUGCUCUCGGCUGCUGCGGGUGGCGGCAUCAACUGGGUUGACAUGGGCACUGGCACUCACUACGGCUUUGCAACGCUCUCUAGUAACUUGGGCCAUGUCGGGAUCGACACCGAAGGUACCUGGGCGAUUGGCCGACCUGAGGCGGUGGUCGAUUGGGGCUACCGAGCCUGGCACGGGGCGACCGUCUUGGGAAAACUAUUGAUUCAGAACUGGUAUGGCUCGGGCAUAAAGUACAGCUACUUCUAUGGGUGCUCGACCGGUGGCCGACAGAGCAUGAAGAACAUGCAGGAGUACCCGGACGACUACGACGGAAUUCUCGCGGGCGCCCCGGCCUGGUGGACGACGCACCAGCAGCUGUACAACCUGAAGCAGACCACUUACCAAGCCCCGGCCAACUCCUCGCACACGAUUCCGGAGCCGAUGUUCGAUGUCAUCGCCGCCGAGGUGUUGAGGCAGUGUGACCCCCAGGAUGGCCUGGUCGACAACAUCAUCUCCGACCCGGCAGGCUGUAACUUCAACCCCAACGUCCUGAUGUGCAAUGCGACCAGCGCGGCGGACGAGUGCCUGACGGCGGAGCAGCUCUCCACCUUGUACAAGAUCCACAACGACUGGGUCGAUGUCAACCAGACCUACGUGUACGGCCACAUGUGGCUGGGCAGCGAGGCCUCGUGGCUGACCGGCAACAUCGGCCUGGGCGAAGACAGCACGAUCGACCAGCAGUACUGGUAUCCGCGCGACCUGAUGGGCCUCUCCGACUUUGUGUGGCAGGAUCUGGAUUACAGCACCGUGCAGCUGGCCGACCAGCUGAACCCGGGCAACGCGACGGCCGACCGCUACGACAUCAGCGCCUUCCACAACCGCGGCGGCAAAUUCUUGCACUACCACGGUCUGUCGGACUCGUACGUCUCCCCCGAUGCCAGUAUUUACUACUACGACCAGGCCUCCAGCGCGCUCAAGCCCCAGGGCGUUGAAAUGGAUGAUUUCUACCGCAUGUUCUUGAUCCCUGGCAUGGAGCACUGCUACUCCACCCCGGAUAUCAUGAACGCCCCCUGGUACAUUGCCGGCGCGGACCAAGCCGCUAUGAUCAACACGGGCACGUACAGUGUCCCCGGGUACCGGGACGCCAAGCACGACAUCAUUCUCGCGAUGAUGGCCUGGGUGGAGAACGGCACCGCCCCGGACAGUAUCAUUGCCACCAAGUGGAAGAACGACACGACGGCGACGGAGGUCCUGCGCCAGCGGCCCGUGUGCCACUACCCCUACCAGGCCCAGUACAACGGGACGGGUAACCCGGAUGAGCCCACUAGCUGGAGCUGUAAGCUCUUGUACUAGGACUGUUGCAGGAGAGGGG